AUGUUUUCAUCAUAAUUGUUAUUAGUUUGGAGUUAUAGUUCAUUACAGGUUGAUGUAGGUGAAAAAUAGCUUAUGAUAACCGCUACUGGUCAUAUUCUAGAAAGUUCGUCAAUGCUUCCAAGAUCUUUGACUAUUGACCUAAGUUUCUCAAAAAUUUUAAAAAAUCCUCCUUAAGUGUUUAUUUAGACAUAAUAUAUGGAUUGGAAAUAAGACCUUCCAGGAGGUUUCAUUUUAUAGGUUAGUUUCAUUAAUACAAAAGGUAAUUUAUAUCUAAAUAUAUAUAUGAAGGAUUCAAAAUAAUUGUAAUAGCAGUAUCUCCAUAACCUCUUUAUUAAGUAUUUGUGAAUUGGUUCGCUUUUGAUGAUCCUAGAAUUUAAGUACUUUCAUUUGAAACAGAAGAUGUAUAAUAGUUAAAGACAGGUCAAGGAAACAGAAUAAUGUCAUAUUAAAUAGGACAUGAUCUAAAAGAUGCGAGCAAUGGAGUUAUAGGAAUUAUAGGUAUAAAACAUAUAGCACUUGACAAAUCUAUGGUAGAAUUUAAAGUAAUCUUAUGA